CGGGCGGACGGGCGCUGGCAGCGGGGGCAGCGCCGCGGGCCGCUCCGAGUGGCCGCAGUCUGGGCCUUGGUGCUCCCAUCCUGCUCCGCCGCGGCUGGUGUGAGUGGCGGGAACCAUCUGUGGGCACUAUGGCGAAGAGGGAGGACAGCCCUGGCCCAGAGGUCCAGCCGAUGGACAAGCAGUUCCUGGUGUGCAGCAUCUGCCUGGAUCGGUACCGGUGCCCCAAGGUUCUGCCUUGCCUGCAUACCUUUUGUGAGAGAUGCCUCCAGAACUACAUCCCUGCCCAGAGCCUGACGCUGUCAUGUCCGGUGUGUCGGCAGACGUCCAUCCUCCCGGAGCAGGGCGUCUCAGCGCUGCAGAACAACUUCUUCAUCAGCAGCCUCAUGGAGGCGAUGCAGCAGGCACCGGAUGGGGCACACGACCCCGAGGACCCCCACCCCCUCAGCGCAGUGGCUGGCCGCCCCCUCUCCUGCCCCAACCAUGAAGGCAAGACGAUGGAGUUUUACUGUGAGGCCUGCGAGACGGCCAUGUGCGGCGAGUGCCGCGCGGGGGAGCACCGGGAGCACGGCACCGUGCUGCUGAGGGACGUGGUGGAGCAGCACAAGGCGGCCCUGCAGCGCCAGCUGGAGGCGGUGCGCGGCCGCCUGCCACAGCUGUCCGCAGCUAUCGCCUUAGUGGGCGGCAUCAGCCAGCAGCUGCAGGAGCGCAAAGCCGAGGCCCUGGCCCAGAUCAGCGCGGCCUUCGAGGACCUGGAGCAAGCGCUGCAGCAGCGCAAGCAGGCUCUGGUCAGCGACCUGGAGGCCAUUUGUGGGGCCAAGCAGAAGGUGUUGCAGACCCAGUUAGACACAUUGCGCCAGGGUCAGGAACACAUCGGCAGCAGCUGCAGCUUCGCGGAGCAGGCGCUGCGCCUGGGCUCUGCCCCGGAGGUGUUGCUAGUGCGCAAGCACAUGCGAGAGCGGCUGGCUGCGUUGGCGGCUCAGGCCUUCCCGGAGCGGCCACACGAGAACGCGCAGCUGGAACUGGUCCUCGAGGUCGACGGGCUGCGGCGAUCGGUGCUCAAUCUCGGCGCGCUGCUCACCACGAGCGCCACCGCACACGAGACCGUGGCCACAGGUGAGGGCCUGCGCCAAGCGCUUGUGGGCCAGCCAGCCUCGCUCACCGUCACUACCAAAGACAAGGAUGGGAGGCUGGUGCGCACGGGCAGCGCCGAGCUGCGCGCCGAGAUCACCGGCCCCGAUGGCACGCGCCUUCCCGUGCCAGUGGUGGACCACAAGAACGGCACGUACGAGCUAGUGUACACGGCGCGCACGGAAGGCGAGCUGCUCCUCUCAGUGCUGCUCUACGGACAGCCGGUGCGCGGCAGCCCCUUCCGCGUGCGAGCCCUGCGUCCUGGGGACCUGCCACCUUCCCCGGACGACGUCAAGCGCCGCGUCAAGUCCCCCGGCGGCCCGGGCAGCCACGUGCGCCAGAAGGCAGUGCGUAGGCCCAGCUCCAUGUACAGCACGGGCGGCAAACGGAAGGACAACCCCAUUGAGGACGAGCUUGUCUUCCGUGUCGGCAGCCGAGGAAGGGAGAAGGGCGAAUUCACCAAUUUACAGGGAGUGUCGGCAGCUAGCAGCGGCCGCAUAGUGGUCGCAGACAGUAACAACCAAUGUAUCCAGGUAAGCGCCUUUCCUGUUCUCCCGUGACGCCAGUAAAGGUCCUCAAACUACAGCCUCCUGAAAGAACAAGAGUGUACAGAUCAUCUCUUGAAAGAUGAACCAGUCCUUGAAGAUAGUACCGGUCCUUAAAGAGCAAUGAAUCAUAGCACCAUCCCUCAUCCACCUACUUGCCAUCCACUCCCACUGGCCACGACACUAUCCUGCACCUUCACAGUUAGGCACCGGGGUUUUACUGUGCUUGCAGCCUCUACUUCCCAGGCUGGGCCUCAGGCCACACGAGCUCCUGGACCCCAAAGAUCUGGUUCAUUCUUCAUACCUUUCUCUCUCUGAGCCUCCACCUGACUGGCUUCCUUUCUCCCCUGUCCCCACGUGGUUAGGAUGCAGGCUCCCCUGCUUUCUUUCAUCAUACCAGCCUGGCUCCAGAGUAUCUGGCUCUCAGUUUCUUGUUGGUGCUGGUCUCUGCAAACAUCUGUCUGGCUAGACAGUCAAAUGGGGGUAACUUGGGAAAAGAGGUGUCUUCCAGAGGCUAAACUAUAGUGCAACCUCACAGGUGGUCCUGCCCUGGUGCUCCCCGUCCCUCACACACCUGAUUUUUUUUUAAAGAUUUUAUUUACUUACUUGACAGAGAGAGACAGUGAGAGAGGGAAC